AACCGAAUGGGUGCCUUCCAGUGGCCAUGGGAGUAUUCGUUUCCACCAUUUUUCACAGUGCAGGUGCACGCCAAAACAAAGGAACAGCAGCUGGCCACCUGGAAGGAGCUGGUGCUAAACUACCAGAAACAUGAGCGCCAAGCGCUGUUAAACAUUGCCGAAGAUACACCACUGUUCGUCAAUCAGGAAUUGUCCCGCAAGCUAUCACCCGAAGCGCGGCUAUGGGUAAUGGAAGAACUGGCAAAGACGGGCCAUGCAGCCACCACGGACAAACGAAAACAGCAAUGGGAAGUGUACUGGCACACGUUGGACGAAUGGAGCAACAUCCUGUACGAGUGGGCUACUGCCAGCGGGACAACGAACACGGUUUGCACCCUAUACGAGCUAGUGGCGGGUGAUAAUACGGUUGGAGAAGAAUUUUACGGGUUGGACGAAGGUGUCCUUAGGAAGGCAUUGAAGAUACUCGAAGCACGGGGCAAAUGUGAGCUGAUUGCGUUUGACGAAAAUGAGGGAGUAAAGUUUUUCUAAUCC